AUGGUUUUUCAAACUAGGCUCCCUUCUUGGAUUAUUUUAUGCUCCAUCUGGCUGUUUCGCUUUGCACACACGGGGGAGGCACAGGCUGCAAAGGAAGUAAUAUUGCUGGACUCUAAAGCACAACAGACAGAGUUGGAGUGGAUUUCCUUUCCUCCCAAUGGGUGGGAAGAAAUUAGUGGACUGGAUGAAAAUUACACUCCUAUACGAACAUACCAGGUAUGCCAGGUCAUGGAACCUAACCAAAAUAACUGGCUUCGGACUAACUGGAUUGCAAAAGGCAAUGCACAAAGGAUUUUUGUAGAACUGAAAUUCACUCUGAGGGAUUGUAACAGUCUUCCUGGAGUACUGGGGACAUGUAAAGAAACUUUUAACUUAUAUUAUUAUGAAACAGACUACGACACUGGCCGGAAUAUCCGAGAAAAUCAGUAUGUAAAAAUAGACACCAUUGCAGCAGAUGAAAGUUUUACCCAAGGUGACCUUGGGGAGAGAAAAAUGAAACUUAACACAGAGGUGAGAGAGAUUGGACCUUUGUCCAAGAAAGGAUUUUAUCUUGCAUUUCAAGAUGUAGGUGCCUGCAUUGCUUUGGUUUCUGUCAAAGUCUACUACAAGAAAUGCUGGUCUAUUAUUGAGAACUUAGCUAUUUUUCCAGAUACAGUGACUGGCUCAGAGUUUUCCUCUCUAGUUGAGGUACGAGGAACUUGUGUCAGCAGCGCAGAAGAGGAGGCUGAUAACUCUCCUAGGAUGCAUUGUAGUGCAGAAGGAGAAUGGUUAGUGCCUAUUGGAAAGUGUAUCUGCAAAGCUGGGUACCAGCAAAAAGGAGACACUUGUGAACCAUGUGGCCGAGGAUUCUACAAAUCAUCUUCGCAAGAUCUACAGUGCUCUCGCUGUCCUACUCACAGUUUCUCUGACAAGGAAGGAUCUUCCCGAUGUGAUUGUGAUGAUAGCUAUUAUAGAGCGCCUUCUGAUCCACCAUAUGUUGCGUGCACAAGACCUCCAUCUGCACCACAGAACCUCAUCUUCAAUAUCAACCAGACUACCGUGAGUUUGGAAUGGAGUCCUCCUGCCGACAAUGGGGGAAGAAAUGAUGUGACCUACCGAAUUUUGUGCAAAAGGUGCAGCUGGGAGCAGGGUGAAUGUGUUCCCUGUGGGAGUAACAUUGGAUAUAUGCCCCAGCAAACUGGAUUAGUAGAUAACUAUGUCACUGUCCUGGACCUGCUGGCUCAUGCUAAUUACACUUUUGAAGUGGAAGCUGUAAAUGGGGUAUCUGACUUGAGCCGUUCCCAGAGGCUCUUUGCAGCUGUCAGUAUUACCACUGGUCAAGCAGCUCCCUCGCAAGUUAGCGAAGUAAUGAAAGAGAGAGUGCUGCAGAGGAGCGUGGAGCUUUCCUGGCAGGAACCAGAACAUCCUAAUGGAGUCAUCACUGAAUAUGAAAUCAAGUAUUACGAGAAAGAUCAAAGGGAGAGGACUUAUUCAACAGUAAAAACCAAGUCCACUUCAGCUUCCAUUAAUAAUUUGAAACCAGGAACAGUGUAUGUUUUCCAGAUUCGUGCUUUUACUGCUGCUGGUUAUGGAAAUUAUAGUCCCAGACUAGAUGUUGCCACACUAGAGGAAGCCACAGGUAAAAUGUAUUCACCCACAGCCGUUUCCAGUGAGCAGAAUCCUGUCAUUAUCAUAGCUGUGGUUGCUGUGGCAGGCACCAUCAUUCUGGUCUUCAUGGUUUUCGGAUUCAUCAUUGGACGAAGGCACUGUGGCUAUAGCAAAGCUGAUCAAGAAGGGGAUGAAGAACUUUACUUUCAUUUUAAAUUUCCAGGCACCAAAACCUACAUUGACCCUGAAACCUACGAGGACCCAAAUAGAGCUGUCCAUCAAUUCGCCAAGGAGCUAGAUGCCUCUUGUAUUAAAAUUGAGCGUGUGAUUGGUGCAGGAGAGUUUGGUGAAGUGUGCAGUGGGCGUCUGAAACUUCCAGGCAAGCGAGAUGUUUCAGUAGCCAUCAAAACCCUGAAAGUUGGCUAUACAGAAAAACAAAGGAGAGAUUUCCUGUGUGAAGCAAGCAUCAUGGGACAAUUUGACCAUCCCAAUGUUGUUCAUUUAGAAGGGGUAGUUACCAGAGGGAAACCAGUCAUGAUUGUAAUAGAAUACAUGGAGAAUGGGGCCCUAGAUGCAUUUCUUAGGAAACAUGAUGGGCAAUUUACAGUCAUUCAGCUAGUGGGAAUGUUGAGAGGAAUUGCUGCCGGAAUGAGAUAUUUGGCUGAUAUGGGAUAUGUACACAGGGACCUAGCAGCACGCAAUAUUCUUGUCAACAGCAACCUUGUUUGUAAAGUGUCAGACUUUGGCCUGUCCAGAGUUAUAGAAGAUGAUCCAGAAGCUGUCUACACCACUACAGGUGGGAAAAUUCCAGUACGAUGGACAGCUCCAGAAGCCAUCCAAUAUCGUAAAUUUACAUCAGCAAGUGACGUAUGGAGUUAUGGAAUAGUAAUGUGGGAAGUAAUGUCUUAUGGAGAGCGGCCUUACUGGGACAUGUCAAAUCAAGAUGUUAUAAAAGCAAUUGAAGAAGGCUAUCGUUUGCCAGCACCCAUGGAUUGCCCAGCAGGCCUUCACCAGCUCAUGCUGGACUGUUGGCAAAAGGAACGUGGUGAAAGGCCAAAGUUUGAGCAGAUAGUUGGUAUUUUGGACAAAAUGAUUCGGAACCCAAACAGUUUGAAAACCCCUCUUGGAACCUGCAGCAGACCAAUUAGCCCUCUUCUGGACCAGAACACUCCCGAUUUCACCACGUUCUGCUCUGUAGGAGAAUGGUUACAAGCUAUUAAGAUGGAAAGAUAUAAGGAUAACUUCACAGCAGCAGGCUACAACUCUCUUGAAUCAGUAGCCAGGAUGACUAUUGAUGAUGUGAUGAGUUUAGGGAUCACGUUGGUUGGUCAUCAAAAGAAAAUUAUGAGCAGCAUUCAGACUAUGAGAGCACAAAUGCUACAUUUACACGGCACUGGCAUCCAAGUGUGA